GCCUAAAAAGGCCGGAGGAAUUCGCAUUUGCAUCGAUUAUCGAAAGUUGAAUGAUAUCAUGAUCAAGGAUGUGUACCCUCUCCCCCGGAUUGACGAGUUGUUGGAUGCGAUUGGGAGUGCUCGAUUUUUCAGCAAGUUUGAUGUUCGCCAUGGGUUCCAUUAUCUUCUUGUUCGAGAAGAAGAUCGCCCGAAGACUGCGUUCGUACUCUUCGAAGGUACGUGGCAGUGGAUUCGAUGUCCGAUGGGCAUCUGCAAUGCUCCCGCAACUUUCCAGCGAGCCAUGAACAUGGCCUUUCAUAACUUCGUACAGAAGACUCGUCUGGCGCAGAGUAUCAUUAACUACUGCGUGAUUGUGUACAUGGAUGACAUUUUGGUGUAUUCAAGUUCCUACGAAGGACACGUGCAACAUAUCGAAUGGACGUUGCAUGCGUUACGAGAUGCUGGUUUCAAGGUGGCAUUCGAGAAGUGUCAGUUUUUCCUUACCACCAUUUCCUUCCUAGGACACGUGGUAACAGACCAAGGACUUAGACCGGAGCCGCAGAAGGUGGCAGCUGUCAGAAAUGCGCUGGUGCCUACGACUAUUACGCAGGUUCGCGCCUUUCUGGGUCUGGCCUCGUACUACCGAAGGUUUAUCAAGGGCUUUGCGGCGAUUACGGGACCCCUCACGAAUCUGCUACGAAAGGACCAGCCGUUGAUCUGGACGCCGGAGUGUGAUCAAGCGUUUUUGAAACUCAAGGCCGCCCUCAUUUUGGCCCCGGUCCUUAUAAAGCCGGAUCCCGAAAAACCUUUUGUCCUCAUUACUGACUGGCAGCAACAGGCAAUUUCGGCGAUUUUGGCCCAGGUAGGACCAAGCGGACUUGAGAACGUGGUGGAGUAUGCGUCCAAAUCGGUGCCCGCCUGCAAGCGUAACUACGUCGCUCCAACAGGAGAAUGCUACGCAGCUCUUUGGGGAAUUAGUCACUUUCGAGCUUACUUGUACGGGCGGAAGUUCACAUUGGUAACCGAUCAUGAGCCUCUGCUAGCCCUGAAGAAAUCUAAGGAUUACUCGGGCAUGGUUGGGCGAUGGGCAACGGUGCUGCAGAGCAUGGACUUUGACAUUCGUCACCGAAAACACGAAAGGCACGGGAAUGCGGACGGGUUGACACGACUGCACCGACCUGAGAAGGUUCCAAAAAAUGAGGAGGUGAUUCCGUGGAACGAACCGAAGAAGGAAAACGGACCUCGGUACGGCCAAGUGGAGAUCCUAUCAAAGGAGGAGUCGGCAGGCAAUAGUAUUGGCGGAGGUGGUAGUGGUACAUCGGCGGGCGGCUUCCGGAACGAGCCACGUCACCACGGUCGCGGCUUUCAGCGGCGACAUCAGUACGGUCAAUCCACUGUGGCAUACCGCGAUCUUGACCUCGCUGCGAGAGUGGACGGAGCAGGUGUCCAACAUGUGACGUGGACGCGGACCAGCGAGCAUCCCGCGUGGCUCGAAAAUAUGGAAUUGCUGAUCAUACAAGCUUGGAGGACUAACGUGGAGGGUGAUCUCCUCGGUUUUCUCUUCGGAUCGGUGUGGUCGGGACAUCGCCAGCUAAUCGCUCAAGAACUCAUCGCGCCGAUCGUGCAACUGGCGGACGAUCUCUCUCCUGACAUCGUUUCACAAAGCGACGACAGCCCCGCUCCGCACGUACUCACGCGAACGUUGGAUCCGUAUCUUCAGUGGAGUGCAUGCUUGGAAGAGCCUUGGGACGAAGACUCUCUACUGUCGCAGCAGGAGUAUCUGAAGCCAUACGGCAUCAUCGAUCACACUUUCUAUCCGAAGGCAGAAGAAAUGGUGAUAGAAGGGGAGGAAAGUGACGACGACGAGGAUACAUCGGAAGAGGGAAGCUAUAGCGAGUAUAGCGAUGGCGAGCAGAGCGAAGAAGAAGAACAAGAACAAGAGGAAGAAAAAAUUGGGUCUGAGUGGGAAGCCUUGCCGGAGGAAGCAACGCGUACCGGCACGGAGGCGGAAGAUCCUGAGGCAGCGCGAAAACGGGAAGAGAUUACCACCGGAAAACGCCAGCUGGAGUUCGCCAGUGGAGCAAGCCUGCGCAUCGGUGACGAUCCAAUCAGGGAUCCGGAGCCGCCGAAGCCCGAAGAUGGCGACCCAGCAGCCGCCACCCCAAGCACCUCACGGCGGAGACGGAGCCGAUCCUCCUCCCCCUCCAGCCCCACCCGUCCCCCAGUUCGUCCACGUACCGAUGCAAGGGAUAGGCCUUCGUCCCCGGACAUUAUCCCACCGUCCCCUUGAUUACCUCACCCUCGAGCAGAUCCACACCCCCGUCACCUUCCCCCGCCACCCCUUCCAUCCCCAUCUCUUCCGUGAUUUCUACUCUACGCGCCUAAUCGCUACCGUCU